AGGGCCCUGCAGUCGGCGGCCAUCUUCUUUCAGGAACCGGCUGAUUCGCCACCCCCCCCCCCCCGCCCCCGGCCCUUCCGCUCACUGCAAGCCGGCCUGCACCGGAGGGAAGGGGGAGGCCCGAAGCGAGGCCGGCGGCGGCAGCAGCCCUCGUAAAGCGGAGAAGGGGCAGCAGCGGGGCGCCCCAGCGGUCAGCCCCGGGAGGGGGGCGAGGCCGGGCCGGCGCUUCCGUCCCGGCUGAGGCGGAGGAGGAGGAGAGGAGGAGGAGGCGGGCGGGCGGGCAGGCAGGGGCUGCCCCUCUCUAGAUGGGAGGAUAAGCGGUGACCAUGUUCAGCUUUGAAGGGGAUUUCAAAACCAGGCCCAAGGUGUCUCUCGGAGGAGCCAGCAGGAAGGAGGAAAAGGCAUCGCUUUUACAUCGUACACAAGAAGAGAGGCGGAAACGAGAGGAAGAAAGGAGAAGGCUGAAAAAUGCGAUAAUCAUCCAAUCCUUUGUGCGGGGGUACAGGGACAGAAAACAUCAAUAUUCCAUUCAGAGGAGUGAAUUUGAUCGUUAUGCUAAUUUAGCACAAUCUGGAGGAACUUUCUCCACUGCCAAUGGAGCAAACCUGACCCUUUUAGUUCGGCAACUUCUGUUUUUCUAUAGACAUAAUGAGGAUUCCAAACGUUUGAUAUGGAUUUGUCAGAAUUUGAUUAAGCAGAAUUCUCAGUUUGUGAAGCAGCUUGAUGGCCCGGACAAACUUACGUGCCUGUUCCAGAUCAAAAGGCUGCUGGGGCUCUGUUGCAGGUUGCUGCAAAACUGCAGCGAUGACAGUCUGAAUGUUGCACUUCCUAUGCGGAUGCUUGAAGUAUUUUCUUUUGAGAAUACCUACUUGCCUGUUUUACAAGAUGCUCACUACGUGGCAUCCAUCAUUGAACAAAUCUUGCACUACGUGAUUCAAAAAGGAUACUACAGGUCUCUUUAUCUGCUAAUAAAUAACAAGCUUCCAUCAAGCAUAGAGUAUUCUGAUGUUUCUCGGGUUCCUAUCGCAAAAAUAUUGCUAGAGAAUGUUCUGAAGCCAUUGCACUUUAAUUAUAGCUCCUGUCCAGAAGAUGCCAGGCAACAGGUUUUUGCUGCUUUCACAGAAGAGUUCUUGGCGGCACCUUUUACAGACCAGAUAUUCCAUUUCAUCAUUCCAGCGCUUGCAGAUGUGCAGACCUGUUUCCCUUAUGAACUCUUUCUGAAUGCACUAUUGUUAACAGAAAGCCGACGUUCAAGAAAAAGCGAGAGAGCACCAUGGCUUUUUUACUUUGUUCUAACAGUUGGCGAAACAUAUUUAGGGUCUCUUUCAGAAGAAGGGCUCCUUGUGUAUUUACGAGUACUCCAGAUGUUUCUUUCUCAGUUACCUGUAUCCUCAUCAGGUACAAACUGUCAGGAUUCACCCAGUGACUCGGAAGACGAGGAUGAGGGAAUCAGUAAGAUGACUUCCAUGCCUGGAGAUGGGAGAAUAUCAGUCCAGUACGUAACAGAAGAGUGUCUUUCAAAACUGGAUACAAAACAGCAGACAAAUACUCUGUUAAAUAUGGUUUGGCGAGAUUCAGCUAGUGAAGAGGUGUUCACACUGAUGGCCUCCAUCUGCCACACUCUGAUGGUGCAGCACCGGAUGAUGGUGCCAAAAGUCAGACUUCUGUACAGCUUAGCUUUUAAUGCCAGGUUCCUGAGGCAUCUCUGGUAUUUAAUCUCCUCGAUGACAACACGAAUGAUCACUGGGUCGAUGGUGCCACUCCUGCAGGUGAUCUCACGAGGCUCACCAAUGUCUUUGGAGGACUCCAGUCGAAUCAUCCCUCUCUUCUACCUUUUUAGCUCUUUGUUUAGUCACUCGCUUAUUUCUAUACACGAUAACGAAUUCUUCGGUGAUCCUAUAGAAGUUGUAGGUCAAAGACAAUCAUCAAUGAUGCCUUUUACAUUAGAAGAACUGGUCAUAUUAUCUCGCUGCCUUCGAGAUGCUUGCUUAGGAAUUAUUAAAUUGGCAUAUCCGGAAACCAAGCCAGAGGUUCGGGAAGAAUAUAUUGCGGCGUUUAGAAGUGUUGGUGUCACCACAAAUACAGAAAUGCAACAGUGUAUCCAGACAGAACAGAAACGAUGGAUCCAGCUAUUUAAGGUAAUCACUAACUUGGUGAAAAUGCUGAAGUCUAGAGAUACAAGAAGAAACUUUUGUCCACAAAAUCAUUGGCUGUCAGAACAAGAAAACAUUAAAGCAGAUAAGGUUACACAGCUUUAUGUGCCAUCGGCCAGACAUGUGUGGAGGGUGAGAAGAAUGGGAAGAAUAGGGCCCCUGCAGUCUACUUUGGAUGUGGGUUUGGAACCAGCUCCCCUUUCUGUGUCUGAGGAGCGACAGCUUGCAAUAUUGACCGAGCUACCUUUCGUGGUUCCCUUUGAAGAAAGAGUUAAGAUUUUUCAAAGGCUGAUCUACGCUGACAAACAAGAGGUUCAAGGAGAAGGUCCGUUUCUGGAUGGAAUUAACGUCACUAUCCGAAGAAAUUACAUUUAUGAAGAUGCAUAUGACAAACUGUCCCCUGAAAAUGAACCCGACUUGAAAAAACGGAUCCGUGUUCAUUUACUUAACGCCCAUGGGUUAGACGAAGCUGGUAUUGAUGGCGGAGGAAUAUUCAGAGAAUUUCUGAAUGAACUGCUUAAAUCAGGGUUUAAUCCUAACCAGGGCUUUUUUAAAACCACGAAUGAAGGAUUGCUUUACCCUAACCCUGCUGCACAGAUGCUUGUUGGAGAUUCUUAUGCAAGGCACUACUAUUUCCUUGGGAGAAUGCUUGGAAAGGCUUUAUAUGAAAAUAUGCUUGUCGAGCUUCCGUUUGCUGGUUUCUUCCUCUCCAAACUGCUGGGGACGAGUGCGGAUGUGGAUAUUCAUCAUUUGGCCUCACUGGAUCCUGAAAUGUACAAAAAUUUGCUUUUCCUCAAGAGCUACGAAGGGGACGUGGAAGAACUCGGCUUGAACUUUACUGUGGUGAAUAAUGACUUGGGGGAGGCACAGGUGGUUGAACUGAAGCUAGGAGGAAAGGAUAUUCCCGUCACCAGCGCUAACCGUAUUGCAUACAUCCAUCUUGUGGCAGACUACAGGUUAAACAAACAGAUCCGGCAGCAUUGCCUGGCUUUCAGACAGGGUCUUGCCAACGUUGUUAAUCUAGAGUGGCUUAGGAUGUUUGAUCAGCAAGAAAUUCAGGUUUUGAUUUCUGGUGCACAGGUUCCUAUCAGUCUGGAUGACCUUAAAACUUUUACCAACUAUUCAGGUGGUUAUUCUGCAGAUCAUCCAGUAAUCAAGAUUUUUUGGAGAGUCGUAGAAAGCUUCACUGAUGAAGAAAAACGUAAAUUAUUGAAGUUCGUGACCAGCUGCUCCCGCCCUCCUCUGUUAGGAUUUAAGGAAUUGUAUCCUGCCUUUUGUGUCCACAACGGAGGAUCAGAUCUGGAGAGACUUCCCACUGCCAGCACCUGCAUGAAUUUACUGAAGCUCCCAGAAUUCUACGAUGAAAACCUUUUGCGGAGCAAACUUCUUUACGCCAUUGAAUGUGCAGCUGGAUUUGAGCUGAGCUGAGCUAAAGCGGAAUCAGACAUCACUGCGCCGAAGGACUAAAUCAGUGCCUGCUCCAUAAGCAACGCCGAUGCUGAGCUGGCUAAGGGAAUUCCGUGCAGGCUUCUGUAGCUCAAUGUCCUAUCAAGCACUCUACAGUAGCCUUCAGUUCUAGCGAAAGGUGCUAACUUGCUCUCGUUCGUUAGCAUUUACCUACAUUGACGCUACCUUGUUCUGAUUUGAAUUAACGAAUGCUGUGUGCAAUUUUGGGGAGGGUUUUCCAAGGGAAGAGCAUGUUUGAGCACAGCAGCCAUCUUAGUGAAAAUAACCAAAGAUGAAGCUUUGAGUUUGUGCUGUUCAAAAUACAAAUAACUUCACAAGCUGGCAAUAAAGCAACGUACAAAGCAGCCACUGGGAUGGAAACAGGGUGAUGCCUUGGGAGAGGGAAGCAAAACCAUUUGUCUGAAGUGUCCCGGAAACGAGAGGCUAAAAAAUGGCUAGGGGAAGUAGUUCCAUGUCUUUUUUUUAAGUGGCAGAAAUUGUUUACAAAUCUUUCUGCAACUGCAGUUUGCUACAACUGAGAGAAGAAUUUGCUUUUAUUAUCUUGGUAGCAAGUGGUAGAGAGAGCUUUUAUAUCCUUUCUGUGUUUUGAAACCCAGAUGGUCAUGCUUGGUCUUCAGUUAUUAUCUUAAUUUUUUGUCAUGAUCAGUUGGAUGUUGCUGCGGGCUGACGAAGCUGUAUCCUUGUGGAUUCCCCCCCUCUGCAGUUUCAUUUUCUCCUCUGUGCCUGUAAACUUUUUAAAAUUGUAUCAGACUUCUUCAGCGUAUAGGGUAUGAUAGUUGUGACUUUGAAAAAAAAGCAAAUAUUUGUAUCAGCUAUUAAAAUAAUUUUGAACUGCAGCAAUCAGGCUUUAUCUUUUAUAUCGGAAAGCCUGCAAAUGUUCACAUAAUCUCAUUUGCUUCGUACACCCAGGAUAACUGUGUGUGUGUGUGUGUGUGUGUGUGGUGUGUACAACAUUGGGCUGCUCUCAUUGUUUUCCAUGGCUUAAGCACCUAGGAGCCCAUUUUGCACAGCUCACGCUCUGUCUGGACAUGGAGGAAGGGAAAAUCUGACACGUGUCUGUAUUUGAAAUGUUUGUUUCAUGUGAAAGGAGAUGGUUGAGGAAUAGUCCCACCGAUGGGUCAACACUUCACGUGCAAUUCUUGCUUUAAAAAAACUAUAUAUAUUGGAACUUAAAUCAUCAACUGAGGCAGAAUCAAGUUCAUCCUUUAGCAUCUAUUUAAGAAGAUCGAGAAUUUUAUAACAGGGGUUGUGCUAUUCAUGGUCUCCUGGACUUAAAAAAAACCCCAACUAUUUUACUGCUGCAGGAAGCUCCUGAAUUUCAUAUUUAAUUAGCAGUGAAUAGCAAUAUAUUUUAAAUGUGCAAAAGAGCUCUGAGUGAUUUUAAUAUGUUUACUAGUGUUAGUACAAAAUGUAUAAUUUCAUGAUUUGGAUAAAAAAAAUGAAGUGUUAAAAAUACUAUUUGUAGUCCCAAUGUAUAGAAAUAAAGCAAUUGUUUUCUUUUU